UAAAUCAAUAACUUAUUUCAAAAAGCUUAGUCAAACAUGCCCUUCGAAGGACAUGGAUUUCCGGCAUCUUCUAACCCUCUUCCAACAUUCAAAAACUGCAACUCAUCUUCACCAAAUCCAUUCUUACAUCCUCAAAACCUCCCGCAAUCACGACGAACUCAUCAUCUCCAAAUUCAUCCUCGCAUCCUCUUCGAUAUCCAUCGACAUUGCUAGACAAUUCUUCCACAACUCGCCAGUAACCCCACCAUUAUUCGCAUGGAACACGAUGAUCAAAGAGUACUCCAAGAGCCCAACACCAUCCGAAUCAAUCAAACUCUAUAGCCACCUUCAAAGAACCACUGAUCUUCAACCUGAUAAAUUCACAUACCCAUUUGUUCUCAAGUCGUGCGGACGAUGCUUGUUGUUUGCGGCUGGUGGGUCGGUGCAUUCGGAGAUUUUAAAGGUGGGUUUUGAUUCGGAUCGGUUUAUAAAAAAUACCCUUGUGAGGAUGUAUGCUGCUUUUGGAAGUAUUGGGUUUGCAGGUCAGGUGUUUGAUGAAAUGACUGAGAGAGAUGUGGUUUCUUGGAGUUCUAUGAUUGCUGCUUAUCUUACUUGCAAGUAUCCGUUGGAUGCAUUAUCGGUGUUCCUAGACAUGAAGCAAGCAAACGAAAAGCCGAAUUCCGUAACUUUGGUUAGCCUGCUUUCUGUUUGUUCUCAUCUGGUCAACAUCAAAAUGGGGGAAUCCAUCCAUUCAUACAUUCUCACGAACGGUAUCAAACUGGAUGUCUCUCUAGCCACUGCACUCAUCGAGAUGUACUCAACAUGUGGCUACAUAGAGAAAGCUUUACUAAUCUUUAACUCGACAAGCGACAGAAAUCUGCAAUCUUGGACUAUAAUGAUUUCCGGGCUUGCAGAAAACGGGCAUGGAGAACAAGCAAUCUCAUUGUUUAACGAGAUGGAAGAUCUCGGGUUCAUACCUGAUGCCGUUUCGUUUUCGGGGAUUCUUUCUGCUUGUAGUCACUUGGGUCUGGUUGAAAUGGGACAAAAGUAUUUUGAUCAAAUGGUGAAUCUUUACAACAUUGAACCAACGAUGGAACAUUACGGAUGCAUGGUGGACAUGUUUGGGCGAGCUGGGAUGAUUGAAGAAGCGUAUCAUGUGUUAAAAUCCAUGCCGAUGGAACCUAACGCCAUUGUGUUAAGGAGCUUCAUUAGUGCGUAUAAGAACUAUGGAAGCAUGAUUACUUUUGAUGACAAUUUGGUGAAGCUUCUGUUAGAGAUUGAGCCGGAUCUUGGAUCAAACUAUGUGUUAUCUGCUAAUGUGUCUUCUGUUUCUGGUUGUUGGAGCGAGGUAGAUGACGUAAGAGAUGCCAUGAAAGGUAAAGGAUUGAAGAAAGUUUCAGGGCGCAGUUGGCUACAAGAUAACCGUAGUUAAUGGAGAAGAUUAGACAUGUAAAUGAACCGAACAUUUAGUGAACCUCUUGACGAUAUAUUUUUUUAAUUUAGUUACUAGUAAUACUAAUUGUCCCUUUGUUUACA